AUGCUCAACAUAGUUACGGAUGCUCAUCUCCGGAUCGUCGUGACACUCCGAUCCCCUACCGACGACUCCCUCGCUCUCCACAUCCUCGAGCGCCCCGCCGUCACCUUCCCCCGCCUCUCGCUCACUCCCUGCUCGCCCCUGAACCCCACAGGCAGCCCCUACAACAUGCCCUCCCUCUCCGAAUUCCAAGACGGCUGGCGCGUGUGGGACCUGAUCACCCUCGGGAUGAUCCCACCCUCGCUCCUGCACAGCAAGCCCAUCGACCUGCGGCACAAGCCGCUCUUCUACAUGGGGCACCUGCCGACGUUCCUCAACCUGCUCAUGACCGCGUACCUGAAGGAGCGCCCCGUCGAGCCCGUGCGGUUCACGAGCAUCUUCGAGCGCGGCAUCGACCCACACGUGGACGACCCGGAGUACUGCCACUCGCACUCAGAGGUCCCGGAGAAGGACGAGGACUGGCCCGCGCUGGGCGAGGUCCUCGCGUACCGCGACAGGGUGCGGGAGCGCCUCAUGCGGCUGUAUGAGGAGGUCAAAAAGGGCGAGCGACCUUUGACGAGGAGACUCGCGAGGACGUUGGUGAUGGUCCUGGAGCAUGACGGGUUCCACAUCGAGACCCUACUCUAUAUUCUCAUCCAGCGCGCUGGCACCGGCAUGCUCCCGCCGCCCGGCUUCGCCACCCCUCCUUGGAAGCACCUCGCCGCGCAAUGGGACGCCACCCCUGCGCCUACCACGCCCUAUGCCACGCUCGGACCCUGCACGCUCACAAUGGGCCACGACGACCAAGAGCCGGACGAUCUCCUUCCCGAGUUUACCAACGCCGUCGCCGGUCACGAUUUCGGUUGGGACAACGAGAGCCCGAAGCGCACCGUCUCCGUCGGGCAGUUCAAUAUCUCCUGGCGGCCCGUCACAAAUGGGGACUUCCUCGACUUCUGGCGGGGCGCGGGCAAGGACCGCGUCGGGCUGCCGCCGAGCUGGGUGCUCGACUCGGACUCGGAGGACAGCGAGGUGAGCGUGCGCGCGCUGUACGGGUCCGUGCCGAUGGACGUCGCGCGGCACUGGCCGGUGCUCACGGCGUACGACGACCUCGUGGCGUAUGCGGCGAGCAAGGGCGGGCGGAUCCCGACGGAGCCGGAGCUGCGGCUGUUCUUGGACACGUACCAGGUUGGCUACGAGGAGGGCGCGAACAUGGGUUUCAGAAAUUGGCACCCUAUGCCUGCGACGGCCGGGGGCGAGAAGGACGAAGGACGGGGCUCCAACGGCGGUGUCUGGGAGUGGACGUCGACGCUCUUCGACAUGCAUGAAGGCUUCGCGGGCACGAGCAUCUUCCCUGGCUACUCCUCCGACUUCUAUGACACGAAGCACCAGGUCGUGCUCGGCGCAUCGUACGCGACCAUCCCCCGCCUGGGCGAGCGCUGCACAGUGCGCAACUUCUACCAGCACAACUAUCCGUACCCGUGGGUCGGGGCCAGGGUGGCGUACGACUGUUGA